CCGAGGUCGAGUUCUUUGGGCCUGAUCAUCACAAGACACAAUUUCUCGCUUCAAUCUUGGGUCUUAGGUCUAUCUUGAUACCCAGCACUGUCAAAGGUUCUUCAUUUCGCUGCUUGCUCGACCAACACACACACACAUAUAUAUACAUAUAUAGACGUAUAUAUUAGUAUAUUCUUGUCCUCCCCAUUCCGAUCCAGAGCAACGGAAAUGCCUGGGCUUGAGACUGAUAAGGUUCCUAUAAGGUCGUCGAGGUCGAGCCUUAGUUCUGGGGAGGGAUUCGCGAAAAAGAAAUUGAACAGAGAAUAGAAUCUCAAAAUAAUGAGGAGAGUUCGUGUGAUAUACAGUGACCCUAAUACAACCAAGUCUUUGAGAAAUGAAGAUGACGCGUAUUACGACUCGAGGAUAGUACGUAUAGGUCGUAAACGCGUUGUUAGGGAAAUUGUAGUUCUCGUUCCUAAUCAGGUAGGGCGAGGGAGACCAGUAGCAAGAGGCCUAAGCGCAUUAGCAUAAACGAGAAGUUUUAUGACGGGAAGAGAAAUCGGCCUUCUUCUUCUAAUUCUAUGUACAAGGGAGUUCGGAGGAGGCCAUGGUGGGAGUACGCAGACGAGAUUCGAGACCCAAUUUAUGGCAUCAGGGUGUGGCUCGGGACAUAUGGCACAGCAGAAGAGGUUGAUCUUGCAUAUCAGAAGAAGAAGCUCAAGUUUGAUCGUGCAGUCAUAUCUAGCAAAAACAAGAUUUUGCUUAUCCAUUCAAACUCCGAGGAGACAACUACCUCAUUCUACGUCCCAUCACCGUCUUCAGUGCUCGACGCCCAGAUCUCUGCUUCCUUCUACAGCAGGCCCAAGCCACUAACUACACGAGAUGAGAAAAUGGUAGGGAGCCACAUCGAGGAAGCUUUUGAAGAACAGGAGCUGUUAUUCGACCCAAUUACCAUAUCGUCGCCAAAGAUGAGUCAAGAUUUGGAUCUGGAUCUCUCAGGGGAAAAUAACUUUCAAGAAACGGAUUUUAUUGACUCCAAGAAAUUGUUUUUUUUCUCCAAAAAAAAGAGCCAAAAUAACAUAGUUUUGAGUCCAACGUGGGACUUAACGUGCCAAAUCAGCAUAUAACAAGUUACAUCAGCGUUUUUUGUCAGGGACUAGAUGGAAACUUGGACAGAAGGAUGAACAUGUCUAAACGUUGUACACACCGUGUUCAAUUAGUAUAAGAUAUAUCUUUUAGGGAC